CUCAGCCCCACCGCGCUGUCCCGCAGCCUGUCCCGCCUGCGCGAGCAGCGCGCCCGCUCGCGGGCCAUGCUGGCCCUGGGGGUCACGCAGAUGGUGCUCGGAUGCCUCAUCGUGGCCGUCAGCUUCGCCGCCCUGGCGCUCACCACCUCGGCCCGCGUCCGCCACUCCUGCCCCUUCUGGGCCGGCUUCUCGGUGCUGUUGUCAGGAUUGAUCGGUGUUGUUUCAUGGAAGAGGCCCCUGUCCCUUGUGAUAACCUUUUUCAUGCUGCUCUCUGCAGUGUGUGUGAUGCUGAACUUGGCCGGGUCCAUUCUCUCCUGUCAGAAUGCUCAGCUGGUGAAGUCCCUGGAAGGAUGUCAGUUGAUUAAAUUCGACAGUGAUGGUGUCUGUGUUUGCUGUGAAAUGCAGCACCAAACAUCAGGCUGCAGUAACCUGGGAGAAACACUGAAACUGAACCCUCUGCAGGAGUGCAAUGCAGUGAGGCUGACCCUAAAGGACCUGUUGUUCAGUGUGUGCGCUCUCAAUAUCAUCUCCACCAUUGUCUGUGCUUUGGCAACAGCAAUGUGUUGCAUGCAGAUGGUUUCUUCUGAUCUUCUGCAAAUGUUUCCCUCUUACAGCCUUUUUCACUUUAAUUUCUGUGCCUUCCAGCAGGAUGAUAUCACACAGUUUCUGCCACAGAGGCCACAUUCUGCCAAUCCUGACUGUAUGACUCCCCAUGGAACUGUCCUACACCAAACCCUGGAUUUUGAUGAGUUCAUCCCACCAAUCCCCCCACCUCCCUACUACCCUCCGGAGUACACGUGCACGCCUGUGGGGGAGGCACAGAGAAGUCUCCAUUUGGACUUCCCUCAUUCCCCAUUUGGUGCUUUAUAUGAAGUAACCAUUAACAGCCCAGGAAUGUUAUAUCCAAAUGAGCUGCCCCCUCCUUAUGAGGCAGUGAUUGGAGAGAUGCCUGCCAGUCAGGUCACUGGUGCUGCUCAGCAAGCAUCUGAAUCGAGCCUGGGGGAGAGGAACACAACCCCGGACUUCAGCACACAAGUUUCUGUUGAGAGCACUUCUUUGAUGGUCUCUGAGGCUGUUGAUAUCCCAGGCCAUAGCUACUCUGAAGAUUUUUGUUCGCUGGAAGUUCAAGGAUCUCUCCACUCUGCAGAUCUUUCUCCCUACUGCAUAACCCCCAAGGAGGCUGCAGAGCAGAGCUGCAGUGCCCUGGAUUGCCACACUCACUGCAGGUGUCACAGAACUCACUCAGAGCGCUUUCCUGAUGAGGGUGACAGUUCCCACAGCCGAGCCUCUACAGACAGGUGUCGAGGACAGAAAAAGAACUGUGCCCACGGCAGGUCCUUGGACUGUUCCUCAGGGAAUUACAGCCCCUCAGAAAGAGAACUGCAGAGAUCUGCUCAAGAGAGCAGUGCCACACCGCCUUUGCAGCAAAAAAAGCCCUGCAGUGUGGACUUUAGCCAGCCUCCUGCCACUUUCCAGGCUCCCUGUUUUGGGCCUGCAAACACUUCACCAUGUGCAGGUGGCCACGAGGCUGCUGUCCAGCAGCAGCACGAUACCAAACACCCAGCCUCAAACAUCGUCCGAUCCUGCAGUGCCCCUGUGUCCUGUUCCUCUGCUUCUGAAGGUGAUAAUUGUGCCUGGACUUCUGUGUGCAGGCAGUGCCAAGAUGCAGGAUUAUCUCCAGCUACAGGAGAAACAGUUCCUGUCUCUGGUUCUCACAUGGCUGCCUCUGCUUGCCAGCAUUCUUUGAGCAGUUUCCUACUAACUGGACAACAGAGGGAUACAAGGAAAAUUGAUCUGCACCUAAAGCCAAAAGCUUUUCACACAGUCUCAAAAGAGCGGCCACAUUCCUUAGUGGACCUUAAAGCCUAUAAAGACACUAAAAUUUUAGUGGCAAAAUUUUUGGAACAUUCAAAUUGUAAUCUCCCUCCAGAAGUGCGUCACGUAGUGAACAGCAUACGGUCAGUCAUUAAAUCUGAUGAGAGACACAUGGAAGAAGCCAUCUUCAGUGCCAAUAUCAUAGACCAGGUGAUCACGAGUUCCCAGCAGAAUGUGAACAGCUGCAGGAAGCGGCUGCAGGAGGAUCUGCACCUGCAGAGCUGCGGCGCUCUGAGCUCGGCCGCUGCCCUCGCGCGCCAGCCCCGGCUCAGCCGCGCUUCGGAGCGGGAGAGGCCGCACAGUUUAAUCGGAGUCUGCCGGGAGACCAUCCUUUGAGAGGAUCCACAGGUAUGUCCUUGCAGCAGAGACACUUGUGGAAGAAACCAGGACUGGGAGAAAUACAAGUAGUGGAUGACUUUAAAAGGAAAAAGUGUCUUCCUUUGGAAUUCCACUUUUUUCCCCACAGCAGGAUGAGAACAGCUGUUUUUCUGAAUGUAAAAUUCAGCCUUGAUUUUUGCAAACUUUUAAUUAAUUUAUUAGUUAAGUCAUAACAAGUGUUUUCCCAACCAGAAAUGCAUUUAUUUCACUGUACUUACAGAAAUGCUACUGAUGUUGCCCAGCAUUUCUUGAAAACCAUUGCAAACCGACCAGAGACUGGCUGUACAACUUAAAAGUUGUAUUUAUUUAAUGUACCUCAAAGUGUUUUAACUAUCGUCAGUGUUUUAAUAAAAAAGUAUUUCUGGACUUUGCCUUUUCCACAACUGAUUUGGAUCCAAACACAAGGGUGAUUUAUACACACAUACAGUGCUGCUUCAAAUCCAUUUCCAGUGUCUUUCAUUCCAGACUGAUCUGACCAAUUAAAACUGCUCCUCCCUCCCAGUGCUGCCCUUUCAAACUCCAGUAUUGCCUACAGUGUGGUUUAUUCCUGCUUUGUUCUGAAUGUUCACUACUUCCUGCAGUAGUGUGAGUGACCAAGAACUGGUGUUUAAUCCCCUGCAGUGUGUGACCAAAAGAUUAGGGAAGAAGACUGAAAUUCUGCAUUUCCAAAAAGCAUCUUUCACAAUUUUUUUACAAACACCAACUGAUAGGAAGUUAGAGGAAUUUUUAUCUAGCAGAGCCUUGAAUAUUUUCGAAAAGAAUUGUUACUCCAAUUCAUAGUUUUGACAAUUUUAUUACUAAAACAUGUUAUUGUGGUUCUGCUGUGUUUAUGAUUUAUUUAACAUUGAUUUUUAAAAAAAUAUCAAAAAGUAAAUAUUGACACUGAUUUCAUUACCAGCAUAAACACAGGUCUGCCAGCAACAUCUUCCAGUACAAGCUUCAUCCUGGCUCUUUCAGAGGAAAUUGGAAAGGCCUUAAAUAGAAGGUUCUCAUAAAGAACCUACCACAGGUUGAUGUUUCGGGGAUUUUAUUUUUUUGCAGCAGUGCUUGUCAGUAGCCUUAGUUUCCUUUUGAGGUUUAAUCAUACACUGGUUUCAUUUGUGUCACUCUGAGCUGGGCAGACAUCCUGUGAAAAGGUCACAAAGGAAUGUAGCUGAAGAUGGGUAGUUUAAGUUUUACAGAUUCAUCCAUUUUAAUGUAUUUUAAUUAUAGCAUGCUUCUGUAUUGAUGUGAAGUUACAGUGACAUCCAGUGGCAACAAGGUGUACUAAUUGAAAGCGUUUACUCAAGAUCAUAAUGAUACACAAAUUCCUAAUUCAAGAGAAUAUUUCCUUUUUAAAAAAUAAUCUGUGACCUUUGCAACUGCACUUAGAUGAAGAAUUAAAUGAUCUUCUACUUGGAAUUUUUUUCUAUGUAAAGUUACACGACAAACAAAAUCAGCAAGCUUCCUUUCUUAUUUCAGAUUUAUUAGUGAUAGGUUAAUUCUUUCCUAAGGACAGUUGCAUGCAACACUACUCCUUGAAGUACAGUCAUCUAAAGCUCUUUAGGUACUGCAUGGUAAGGCUUCUUAAGUCACAGUGUAUUUUCUUCAAGGCCUUGGCCAAAAGAAAAAAAUUAGACGAAGUUACACCAAUUAACAUUUAUCUCAUAAGGAAUACAACUUUACUACUAGGUUUUUUAUCUACACACAUUCUAAUACUGUUAAUGGUGCUAGGUUAUUUGUCAAAACAAUUUACAUUCAGAACACAUUGCCUUAGGAAUAAGAAUGCUUUAUAAAAGAAACAGGUAAGCAUGGCUUUCCCAUUUUGAGCUAAUAUGAACAAAAUGUUAAUAUGCGAAAAUUAAAGAAAAAAAACCCCAGCCCAACACAUACAUUAUACAACCUGUGCAAUAAGUUAUCCAUGAAAUAACUCUGUUAAAUCAUAAAAAUCACAAGCAUUAAAAAUAAAUAUGUAUCUAAAUAAAUAUUUUGAUUUUAA